AUAUAUUAAAAAAAGAAAUGUAAGAAAUAUAAAAAGAUAUGAAAAUUACAACAAAAGAACAGGCAUUGCACUGACCGACGCUGCACCGACUCAGUGAGGGAGAAGAGACUGAAAGCUGUGAACACCUGAAAAAGGACUUUUUUGCCUCCUUAAGAGUCCUGGGAGAGCAUGGCGUCCUCCAGGACUUUUCGUGAGUCUUUGCUGGUCAUUUUACUUCAAGUAGCCCUUAUAUGUUCUGCUCAGAGGGGCCCAGCUGGUCAGAGGGGACCACCAGGCCCUCCAGGAAUUCCUGGUUUUCCGGGUAUUGAUGGCAUCGAUGGAGAGAGGGGCCCGGGACCUGGUCCGGUUGGUCCUCCAGGUUCGAAUGGAGAAGAUGGAAAAAAUGGAGCUAAUGGACUACCAGGAAGUCCAGGAGCAGACGGUUUGACUGGGCCUGUUGGAAAUCUUGGCCCAGUUGGUCCUGUUGGACAAAAAGGUGAACCCGGUGCACCUGGACCCAGAGGAAGACCUGGGGUUGGAGAGGAUGGAGAAGCUGGUGCAGAUGGAGAAGAUGGAUUGCCAGGAGAAUUGGGGAAAGCUGGACCUCUAGGAAGCCGUGGACCUAGGGGGCCUGUAGGGCUUCCAGGACCAGCUGGACAGAGAGGUCCUCCUGGGGUCUGGAAUGGCGAGGAAUUGUGUCCAAAUUCCUGCACACAUGGACUGUCUGGCUAUAGUGGACUAUCUGGAAUGAAGGGCCACAAAGGUGUAAAAGGUGAAUCUGGUGAACCAGGAAGACAAGGCCAUAAGGGUGAAGAAGGAGAACAGGGACCCCCUGGAGAGCCGGGAUUACAAGGAAAACCUGGUACACUGGGACUUAGAGGGAUCACUGGAAUUAUGGGUCCAAAAGGUGAUAAAGGUGCUCGUGGAAUAGAUGGCGGCGGCGGCCCUCAGGGAAUUCAAGGAGCCCCUGGUGAUCAAGGGCAAAGAGGAAAAGUUGGUGAGCAUGGCCCAAAAGGAGCUCAGGGGCCUCAGGGGCUUCGAGGCCUGAUAGGUUUACCCGGACCUAAAGGGGAAACUGGAUUACCAGGAGUAGAUGGUCGUGAGGGUAUCCCAGGAUUACCAAGUGUCAAGGGCUUGUCAGGAAAAGCAGGCUCUCCUGGUGAUGCUGGCCCACAAGGCCUGCCUGGUUUGCCAGGCAUGCACGGUGCAAAGGGUGACAGUGGGCCGAAGGGAAACUCUGGAGAUCCAGGAGUAGCUGGACCUAUUGGGAACAAUGGAAAAGAAGGUGAACGUGGAUAUCAGGGCGAGGUGGGGCCGGUAGGACCGAGAGGCGGGCGAGGUGAGAGAGGAGAAAAGGGUCCAGAUGGGCCUCCAGGACAGCCAGGUCCAAGGGGACCUAAAGGGCAUCUGGGCCUACCUGGCCUUCCAGGUGCAGCUGGCUACCAAGGUCAUAAAGGCGACAGGGGUGCUGUUGGUCUUACUGGUCCAAAAGGCGAGCAAGGAUCACCCGGUGAGGAGGGAACAACUGGAGAAAAAGGAGAUGUAGGUGAUGAGGGAGAACCAGGCGAGAAAGGUUCGCCAGGAAAAGUGGGUGAUGCUGGAAACAAAGGACCAGAGGGAAUGCGUGGACAACAGGGACCGGAUGGACCACCAGGACCACCUGGACCAAGAGGAAUGCAGGGAGACCAAGGAGCACUUGGCUUACCUGGGUCACAAGGACCAUCGGGCCGAGGACCAACAGAUAAACACAUUAAACAAGUCUGCAUGAGGGUUAUACAAGAGCACCUCGCUCAACUUGCAGCAAGUCUGACAAGACCAGAGUCUGGACCUAAUGGGUUGCCUGGUCCUCCUGGACCUCCUGGGCCACCAGGGUCCCCUGGGCAGAACGGUUUUCAAGGACAUCUUGGAGCCAGAGGUUUGCCAGGCCUUAAAGGUCCUCCUGGCCUUAUAGGGAGAAAAGGACCUAAAGGUGACACAGGAGACCAUGGAGAAAGAGGUCCGACAACACAAGGACCCAAAGGCAUACCUGGACUACCUGGACUUCCAGGUGAGCCUGGGCUGGCAGCGUAUGGCAAUGAUGGACGUGAUGGCAUGAAAGGGCCUCGUGGUGCACCCGGAAUGCCCGGAGUGCCAGGACCUCCCGGGCCUCCUGGCCUUAAUGGGUACUGUGAGUCAUCUCAGUGUGUCCUCAGUGUUGUAGCAGCACCAGAAUCUAUUAAAGAGUCCAGCAUGAAAGGACCAGACAGAUUUUAAGGAGAUGGAUAAGUGCUGGCUGCAGAACUCAAUGUUCAAAGACUAACAAACUGAGGGAACCUUUUGACAACAGAGUUUUUAUUGCAGGGGUCUUCCUAUCUACCCUUUUGACACCAUAACAGAGUGUUCAUAGUGUUUUUUUUUUUACCGGUUUCCUUUAAUGGUAUAUCAGGUUAACAUUUUAAGCUUCAAGAAACUGGAUCAAGAUAUACUUUGAUUUGCUGUGAUUUAGGCUGCAGUCAAUUCCAAAGUGAUCACCACCAGGCCCUAACCCUGGAAAGGGUGCACACACUGUGGUGAGGGCUCACUCUGAAGGAGGGAAGGUAAAACAACAGCUUAUAGUUUAAAUACAAUGUUUAAUACUUGAAAUGCUGGCUACCAUUAGCCUUUUUCCAUUGAUUCAGUGUAAAACAAAAAUUAUACAGUAUAAAGUGUACAUCAGUUGUUUUAUUUCAGAAUGAGCACUGUGAUUGGCCCUUGGCAGUGAACGCUUUUCCUUCCAUCUGAUUAAAACAAUGCUUACCAAUUGCAGGGGGGGGGGGGGGG